GACGCCUCCAGACUCAAAGAGGAAAUCUAUCUACUAUAGAUGGCGCUGACUCCAACCGUGACAAGCCGGACCGUAUGCUGUGAUUCUCUCUUAUCGUUUGACUCACCGGUCGGACUUAGCGCAACAAGGACACCGCGCUUUGUGACGGACAUUCGCUACGAGGCCUCAUCACGAUGAUAUUUAAUGCAGACGGACGUACAUCCGUCAAAUUCUUUUUGAAACUCGAAUUGCCAACAAUGCGAGAAAACUGCGUUUCAUAUCAUCACUAGUACAAUAACUGUCGUUACUCUACUCUUCUUCCACGAUGAGCACUUAUUAUCAUCCCCAAUCAGAAAGCCACUGGAUCAGAUUCGAUGGUGAGCAAAUCAUCAACGAAUCCGAGCCGAUCGUCCGUCCAAACCGGAAACGUACUCGCCACCGACCUGGUCGUUCUCAGAGGCGCAAUUCAGGCGAUUCAUCAGGCUCAUCAUCACCCGAGCUAGUCACUCGCCACGACUCGGGCUGCUUCAUGCCACCAUCGUCCGCUUAUUCCCGAUGUUCCAGCACAGAUACCACCAAGGACUAUUGUAUAAACUCGCCUAGCGGCACAAUCGCUAUGGAGAAACCUACAUCCUCGUCAACCAUGCGUAUUGAUCGGGAUACGUUAGAUCGACAGAUGUUCGGUGGCGUUGACGAAGAUUCGCAGUCCGCCCAAGAACUCCGCGGACCGAUGCUCGACGUUGUAUUGAGUCUCUUCAACAACGUCGACUUCAUCGAUCCGGCAUUUUGAUUUCUUUCCAUGGGAUAUAAAACAUUCUUCUCUUAUUGGUGUGUUGUAACGACGGGACACAACACAUCUCCGGCUCAGAUCUUUGUAUCAUGCCCGCGAUCACAGCACGAAAUUCAACCAAUUUGAACCAUGGUUCCCCCGAUUCGAGAUCUUUCGACAAUCAACUUAACGAUAAAUUGAUGAUUUAUGAAUAUUUGAAGCUUGGCAGCGUGGUUGUUCAUGCGAUGUUUCGUUCCUGCGAUUACAAGCAAGGCUCGCAUGUACUUUCUGAGUCAAUUUUAAUUGGUGUCUAUCACCACUUUUUGUACUGUACCGUAUACCAUUCUCUCCAUCUCACGCGGAGUCUGCGCUGGGAUUUCGUGUUUCCAGUGGAGUAUUUGGCGUAUUGUUAGCAAACCUUACAAAUCCGGAGGACAUGACUCCGGAUCCUUCACCUCGAUCGAUCACUAGAGAUUAGGCGUCCCAUCACGAGUACCCGGGUAGG